AUGAAGAAGCGAUCGAUGCCUUUGAGCACUUUAUUGGACAAUGCGGUGGCUGACAAUAACCCUUCCCCCAACUAUAAGCUCUAUAGAAAAAUAUCACACGUAGCAAAAAAAAACGAGCAGGUCUGUUUAGUCCUUCGCUUGCAGUUGUUAAACAAAUUAAGAUCACACCCCUUUCGAUUUAUUCCGUCCUUGGAAGUCUAUUACUGUGUAUGUCUGAUGGAAUACCUGAUCAUUAAAAUGAAGUCCUUUCUGUGUUAUAUCACCGACGAAGAGUUCGUUAAAGCUCUUGACAAGAUGGCACAGUUCAAUAAACUAGUGGGACUGUUCAAAUCAAAGCCAACACUGACACAACUCAAAGUGAUGAACUUCAUUCAACUUGUCAUCGAAUAUGAAGACACGGAACUGUACAAAGAACUCUUCGAACAAUAUAAAGCAAAGGGCGUCCAAUUUCCACCACUUGUAGAACCUGAGUAUGAGGACGAUUCAACGAAGACUUCACUCUGUCAAACGCCAUCAGUGCAAAUAGAUGAAGACGACAUGAAGAAUAUGUCGAACUUUGUUGUCCCCAAAUUUGAGCUAAAAGAGCGGCAACAUACAUUUAGAAGUGAACUUCCAAAACCGCCAGUUAUAGCACAAACGGAUCACGAAUUGUUCAGUCCAUUGCCUGAGGACUUUAGAAAACUUUUACAGAAGAUGGCGGAGUUCCACGAAUUGUGUAAAGAGCCGUUGAAGAAGAGCAAUUUACUCCGAAACGGCUCAUUACAAAUUCGACACCAAUUGCAGUGCGACGAGUCGUUCUUCCAAAAGGCUUUGGACAUCCAAAAAGAGUUCAAAAGGCAGUUCAAUGAGUAUUCCAAUUUAGAGGACUGCGACGACGAAAUAGUUGCUGCCCUUACAGAAGAAGGUAGAAAGAUAGGACACAUCGUUAGAGUCUUCAAGAACGAAAUUUCACGAGUCAAAAAGCUUGAAACAAAAAUCGAGAGUGGCGUCGGAGAAGUCGUUCUCGCGGAAGUCCCGUCAUACGAUGUCGACGCGAUGAUGACAGCAACGGUGACAUAUCCGAAGACACAUGGAGAUGCAGUCAAGAUUAUGGAUAUGAUGAGUCACACAAAAGGAAAUACACUGAGUCGAGAUGAUUCAGUCACAGAGAGCGCAACAGAGUCGACGAGUAACUCGGCUACACCUUCAGGAAUAAAACAUAACGGUACUAAAAAGUAUAUCCCACCACUCGCUCAAAGCUUUAAUGGACCACAAGCAAGACCUAUGAUGUUUAAAAGCUUUAAAGGGUUACCAAAAAACACACAGAGCGUCGAUACAAGUAGACUAUAUACAGGAUACUUAUAA